AUGAGCCAAAAAGUACGAGGAGUUUCCAUCACCGAUGAAUGCAUCAACACGUUCAACGACUUGCGCAUGAAAAAGGGCGACAAGCUUAAGUUCAUCAUCUUCAAGAUCGCCGACAAUAAGAAGGAGGUUGUCGUUGAUGAAGCCUCCACCGAUCAGGACUAUGAUAACUUUCGCAAGAAGCUUGAAGAUGCCAAGGACAGCAACGGCAAGCCUGCCCCCCGUUACGCAGUCUACGAUGUCGAAUACGAACUUGGUGGCAAUGAAGGCAAGAGGAGCAAGAUAGUCUUCAUUUCCUGGGUGCCUGAUGGUGCCCCAACUCUCUGGUCUAUGAUCUAUGCUAGCACUCGGGAGAAUCUGAAGAACGCACUGAACAUCUCCAACUCCAUCCACGCCGACGACAAGUCCGAAAUUGAAUGGAAGACUAUUCUGAACGAAGCCAGCGGCGGUAAGGCUGGUAAAUAA